GAAUCAGAAAAUGCCGUUGGGAUUGAUCAUAGGAUUAGGUAGGGCAAUGCGUAGGAAGCGAACGUCGUCACUUAAUAUAUUAUCUUCAAAAAGAGGGCCUCGAGAUUAUUACAAGGGGAAAAACUGCAAGCCUACCGGUUUCCAUACUCGCAAAGGUGGAUAUGUUGUGAUGGAUGAAAAGUUGCCACGUUAUGUCGUCCCAGAUUUGACCGACUUUAAGCUGAAGCCGUACGUGUCGCAGUGUGCAAGGGACGUCACCGCAUCCUCCACCACUGCAGAAUCCACCGAACCGGCUAAGUAGAAGUGUGGUUAAUUUUGUGGCACCGAUGUCUCGUUUCGCUAGAGAGAUUAGAGCUCAGAUAUUCGAUUUUGAGAAUGUAUUCUCCGUUAUGGUGGAAAAGGAAUAUCUUACAGAUCUGGGACAUAGCGUCUGAUGAACUCCGACUCUUUCGUUUUUCUGUAAUAAAUUAUUCAAGAAGUUCAAACAACCAUUAAUUAGACUUGUGAAGGUUAAGAACUGUUAAUUAGACUUGCGAAUUGUGAAGGUUAAGAACUGUUAAUUAGACUUGUGAAGGUUCUUAUGGUCA